AUGCUAACACAUUCAGGUGAUAAACCUCAUGUCUGCAAUGUAUGUGAUAAAGGGUUUGGUCAGCUUGGACAUUUAAAGAGGCACAUGAAAACACAUACAGGUGAUAAACCCCAUGUCUGCAAUGUAUGUGGUAAAGGGUUUAGUCAGCAAUGUCAUUUACGAAUUCACAUGAGAGCACAUACAGGGGAUAAACCUUAUGAUUGUGAUGUAUGUGGUAAAUGUUUUAGUGGCCUUCAUAUUUUACAGAUUCACAUGAGAACACACACAGGUGAAAACCCUUAUGUUUGUGAUUUAUGUAGAAAAGGGUUCCGUCGACUUCGUGAUUUGCAGAGUCACAUGAGAAUACACACAGGUGAAAAACUCCAUGAUUGUGACGUAUGCGGUAAAGGGUUUAGUCACCUUCAUUCUUUGAAGGAUCACAUGAGAAUACACACAGGUGAAAAACCUCAUGAUUGUGACGUAUGCAUUAAAGGGUUCAGUCGACUUUGCGAUUUACAGAGUCACAUGAGAAUACAUACAGGUGAAAAACCUCACGAUUGUGACGAAUGCGGUGAAGGGUUUAGUCACCUUCGUUUUUUGAAGGAUCACAUGAUAAUACACACAGGUGUAAAACCUCAUGACUGUGACGUAUGCGGUAAAGGGUUCAAUCGACUUGGCGAUUUACAGAGUCACAUGAGAAUACAUACAGGUGAAAAACCUCACGAUUGUGACGAAUGCGGUGAAGGGCGGUGA